AUGUAUUUCGAACCCCAGCAGCUAGGUGCCCUCCCCGAGGAACAGUAUGUGAGCGAGGCAACGGAACCCCCGCCCACGCCGGAUCAGGGCUACCGGGACGCUGGGACCAUCACAGAUGUGUGUAACAGCACAGAGCUUGACGAGGUGGAGAUCAUCAGUCUUCUUGAUGAGCAGCUGCCGGUGUACCGCCUGCGCGCCGACACGGUCUACGGCUAUGACCACGACGACUGGAUCCACACGCCCGUCAUCUCACCGCAGGCACACAUCGAGCUGACCGUCGAGCAAAUUGAGGAGACCCUCAGCUACUUCUUGCUAUGUGCUGACAGAGUUGGCCAGAUGACUAAGACCUAUAAUGACAUUGACGCUAUCACCCGAUUACUUGAAGAGAAAGAGCGAGAUCUGGAGUUGGCCGCUCGUAUUGGUCAGUCUCUCCUGAAGAAGAACCGCCGACUCACAGAGCAGAAUGAUUACCUGGAGGAACAGGUGCUGGCCAUACGGGAAGAGGUUGCUCAGCUGCAUCAUGAGCUGAAUCUGAAGGAUGAGCUCCUGCAGUUUUACACCAAUGCAGCCGAGGAGAGUGAGGAGGACAGCGGCUCGCCCACUGGGCGUGGCCGGCUGGGACUGUCUGCUCCGAGUGGCUCCGCCCUCGACGUCAUGCAGAAGAAACUCACAGAGCUGGAGGAGGAGAAUAUGUCCCUCAAAACAGAGGCAUACCACCUGAAGACAGAGACUGAGACAUACGAGGAGAAGGAACAGCAGCUGGUCCAGGACUGUGUCAAGGAGCUAAAGCAAUCCAGCCUCCAGAUCUCUACCAUAGCCGAGGAGUUGGCUAAGAAGACUGAAGAUGCCUCCCGCCAACAGGAGGAGAUCACCUACCUGCUGUCUCAGAUCGUCGACCUGCAGAAGAAAGCAAAGACGUUUGCAGUGGAGAAUGAGGAGUUAUCUCAGCAUCUAAAUGCAGCUAAAGAUGCCCAGAGACAGUUGACCUCUGAAUUGCAGGACCUGGAGGAGAAGUAUAUUGAGUGUAUCGAGAUGCUCCAUGAGGCGCAGGAGGAGUUAAAGAACCUGAGGAACCGGAGUAUGUCUGGAACCCCACGCAGAUACCACCCACUGGGGCUCUUUCCCAUGGACUCACUAGCAGCAGAGAUUGAGGGAUCCAUGAGGAAAGAGAUGAGCCAGGAUGACCCAGACUGUCAAGAGCAGAAGAGAGUGUUUGAGACAGUGAAAAACAUCAAUCAGACCGUCCGACAACGCAGCCCGGGCCCACCCUUCUCCAACAUCCCGGGAUCCAAUCAGAUGCUGUCCCCUAUAAGCUCCGCCUUUUCUAGCGGGAUGGCCACUCCAACAAAACUGAGUGGCAGCACUCUUGCCCUUGACAACCGCACCCAGAGUCUCCUACAGGAAGGAGAGUCCACUCCCAGCAGUGGUAUGGACACCCCUAAGAAGCGCACGAGCUCUGAGGACCUGAAGCUGGCAUUGCGCCGGCUAUCUCUGCGGCGGCAGAACAAUCUGAGCGAGCGGCGCUUCUUCGAGGAGGAGCGAGAGAGCGGCCUUUUCGACGGACCUCACUACGUCAGCGGCCUCGUCCACAGCGACAGCAUCAUGUCCCUCGGCUCUCACCUGUCCUGGGCCAGCCGCCCCUACCUGCCCGACAAGCUCCAGAUCGUCAAACCUUUAGAAGGCUCAAUCACCCUGCAGCACUGGCAGCAGCUGGCACAGCCGAACCUGGGCGGGAUCCUGGACCCCCGGCCGGGCGUGGUCACCAAGGGCUUCCGGCCGCUGAACCUGGACCUGGAGGAGGUGUGCCACUACGGCGACUUCGAGGAGGACGAGCCCGGGGAGCAGUACUUCCAGAACCUUCCGACCACGACCACGCCGAACCCUAACCCCAACACCAACCCCAACCAUCCUGGCAAGUGCAUGGCACACACCAGUUCCACCUACACCUUCACAACCUGUCGGAUUCUUCACCCAUCUGACGAGCUAACGAGAGUCACACCAAGUCUGAACCCCGGCCCCACCUCCUCCUGCGGGCCGUCCAGCAGCCUGCGCUCCACCCCGGCGGCCACGCCGUGCACGCCGCGCCGCAUGAGCCUGGCGCAGUCGCAGUCCUUCACCAACCUGCGCGACUCCACCAAGACCUUCAGCACCUCGCUGGGGCUAGUGCGCCUCCUGCAGGAGAGGGGGAUCUCCGCCGCCGUCUACCAGCACCAGAGCUGGGACCGCAGCAGCAUGGCCCCCGGAGGAGGUGGAGGAGGUGGUGGGGGGGUCCUCUUCAGCACGAGCGUGGCCCCGCGGGUGUCGUCCGCGUACACCCAGAGGCCGUCCACGCCGCCCAACUCGCCGGUCCGCGGCACGCAGAGCCCCGCCUCGCUGGCCGAGCCGGACGACGACUUCUCCUUCAAGAGCCCGUCCAACGAGAACUUCCUGGCCUCGCGCCCGGCGCGCUCCAUCCUCAUGGAGGUGGGGGAGGCGCGCGACUGCGAGAGCCAGACGGACGUCAGCGUCUACAACCUCAACCUGGUGGACAAGCUGAAGCGCCUGGGACUGGCCAGCCCCGGUAGGGGGCAGUCCAGGGGCCACGCGCCCAUCCUGGGGGCCCUCGGCGGGCUGCGGAGGCCCGGCUCGCCCUUCUCCCUGAACGAGGGCAUGCGGAGGAACCGCAGCUACCCCGUGAUGGUGGGGGCCAGCAUGGCCAUGAAGGGCCCGGGGCCCAGCCAGGACGACGAAGAGAUGCUGCUGGAGCCCAAACUGCCCAAACAGACCAGCUUGAAGUAA